CGGCGACCUUCUUCCCAAUGUGCAAGUUCUGAAAUCGCAAAAUAAGCCGUUUACCAUAUUCCAAAGCUCUGCCUCAGCCGAUUUAGAGUUGAAUUGAAACUGCUCGUAACUAUCUUCCGCUUCCUUGAUUAUCAAGCAAUCCACACUGUUCACUACAGGUGCUGAAGCGCUUUCUGAUUCACUAUCUUACGCCAAGUUUAGUUUCAAGAAGCUACCACGAAUUCUCCCUCAAUUUUGAUCAUGAACUUAGGGUUUUCUCAAUUCUCAUAGCUGUCCAUAGUAUAGUGACAGUCUCUUGGAAUGAUGUCCAGAUCCAUGUUACUUGUCUUUUUGUUUGUUAUUCUCAUUAUCACUUCGCAGUUCGAGUGGAGGCAACAACUAGUACCUGAGGUUGACAACACGCUAAACUCCCAGAAGCAGCAGCAGAUAUCAACGAGGGAAGAAGCAGUUAAGGAGAAGAUAUUGUUGUCACAAGAAAGGAAUAUUCAGAGGCUCAAUGAAGUUGUGCGAAGCCUCCGAGAACAGUUGCAGCAGUGCAGAGGCAGGAACAUUACAAAUGGGACAGCCCUGCUGAGUGGACAAGGACAUAUUCUCGAGCUCGAACGACUUCAUGUAUUAGAGGACUGAUGGAAGGACGCCAUGGCUAACAACCAAUAGCUAGCUCGUCUGUCACACUGGUUUUGGUAUGUCCUUUUCAUGUGUAGAUAUAUCAUUUAUGUUCAUAAUUGUUUGGAAUGUUAUUAUUGGCCGUGGAUAAGAAUUAUUCCACCAAGCAUGAAAUUUAAUUAUCCUACUAAGGUAGGUUUUCCUGUUCCUGGAAGAUGAGAGGUAUUUACUAAUCAAAUUCAAUCUCAAUCAUGAUUUAUCAUUAAUUUCUCCAAAUAA